AAAUCUGGGUGAUAAAAAGAUCUGGUAUUGGCGGAGAUACUUUAUAUUUGAUUUGAGUUUUAAGGAGUUUUGUUGUGUGAUUCUUUGGAUAUUAUACGUCAUCAUGUGUUCCUCUCAGACCGACUUCUCCAUGAGGAAGAUCCUAGGUAUAGAUGGCAACCAAUUCAGUCCUGUCCGCCUUGACCUUGAACAGAAUUCCAGGAAAAGGAAGCGACGCACGAGGACUAUUUUCUCGCCCCAGGCUGUGUCCAUCCUAGAACUGGCAUUCUCUCACAACUCUUAUCCGGACAUGUACGAGCGCGCCAAGUUAGCUGGCAUUAUAGGAGAGGAAGAGGCCAGAGUUCAGGUUUGGUUCCAAAACCGACGAGCUCGUGCCAAACGAAGCAGACAGGCAGCGAUCGAUUCACCACCUACAGACGUAUCCUGCGACUCUCUUUCCUCGUCUAUUUCCUCCGGAAGUGCGUCAUUCUCGCCCGUCCAACGACCUGUUAAACCAGUACCAAAGGCUGAACUAGAUCACCACCCAUCUGAUAUCGGACCUUACCAUCCAUUCCCGUAUUUCUACCCAGCUAGCUACAUACCCGCCGCUGUCUCCAUUCCUAGACCGUUUGACUAUCACAGUUACCAUGGAGACACGCUUUUCGGAGAGUUGAAGUCGCCACUAUGGUCUCCCGGAAGUCCCACCUUCAGCAAACUGUUCGAGUUCCCACCGAAAGCCCACACGCCUAUUGCUGAUGUUAACCAACGUCCCGUGUUCCCACAGCACACACUUAGUGACGAAGAUCUCUCCUCGCGAUCCUCCAGUGUCGACAGUCGCCAAUCAGCGCCUGAUGACAUCACUCAUGUCCUCAAGGACAGGACCGUGCAGUACAGUUGCGUUGGGGAUCUUCGUCGUUCUGAGAGACGUUCCGAUGAUGGGGGUAGUCAGCUGGUGAUAGGCCGGAUAGAGGACUCGUCCAGUGAUGAGGAAGGAGGGUUGGUGAUCGACCUCAGAGUUCGUACACCUGAUUCCAAGAUGGCUGCCGGUCGUAGUGGAGGUUAUUGAACUAGUGCUCAUCAAAUUAAACGUUUGUGCUAAACUAAAUGUCCGUUCCGAGUGUGGGAUAGAGAAAAGCCGAAAAUGGUCUAAAAACAGAUUUUGUUUUAUAUCGAUCGCUGCUAUUUAAUAAACUUUGACCAUUCGUGCUCAUAGCGGUCGUUUAUUCGGAAGAAAACUGACUUUCAAAGACACUGCCAUUUUAUCGUAUUGAUAUAUUUAAAGAAGAAUAACGAGGAUUGGUAGAAAACUGACCAUACUUAGUUUGGGGUAUUUCCACUGUUAAUUUGAGUGUACAAUGUGCACUUGAUGCAUAGAUAAGAUAUUGGUAUACGUUGAUAAAUAGGUAUCUGCGCCGUAGCGCGGAGGGAAAUUUCGAUAUUAAUUACGUAAUUCAGCGGACAGUAAAUUAUGCAGUUAAUUACCAGUAUAUACUUAGACAACAAUGGUGGUUUGAUAUUUUCGAGUACAAAAUUGUUGCAUGAAAGAAUUAAGGAAAUACAUCUGGUGUUAUUAUCCUGGAGUUGUCGACACGUGCAUUGUUGUUGUUUGUUGGGAACAAUUUGGAUUUUGUUUUGAUGUCAACAUCGUAACUGAACGUAAUGUCGACACGUGACAGAGUAUCCUCCUGGGUGAUCACGUGUAAUAACGGAACUUAGUCAUGAAAUUGAUCUGAACUUUAGAUUUCACUUACGUAUUUAUAAAGGAGUAAAUUAAUGUAACUGGAUU